CUAGACUUCUAGAGAGCGACUAGUCCGUGGGGAACGAGCGAUCUCUCGCGCGGAGCGCGGAGGUUGUAUUUUCGUUAUCCGGGUGGACAGCCGCACGCACACAGUGCACACACACGCUCUCUUGGCCGCAGCGCGCCGGAUUAUUGCCGACGUCCGACUCUGACGUCCGACGGCUGAUGAGAAGCUCGCGCCGCAGUUAAAAAAGCCGCGCCAGCUCCACGUGAGUGACUUCGGCCCGCAUACGGUGCGCGUUGUCGCCCGCCUGGUACUUUACGGAAGGGGAAAAAAAUACGGCGCCUCGUCAGAAUUGUCAGAAAUACGAGAGAGAUCAUGGCGGUGCCCAACAGCGGUGUAGUUAUGCCCCGAAACUUUCGUCUCCUGGAGGAGUUGGAACAGGGCCAAAAAGGUGUGGGCGAUGGCACGAUCAGUUGGGGCCUGGAAAACGACGACGACAUGACCCUCACGCAUUGGACCGGUAUGAUAAUUGGACCACCUAGGACACCGUAUGAAAAUAGGAUGUAUAGUUUGAAAAUUGACUGCGGUCAGAGAUACCCAGAUGAUGCCCCUAAUGUAAGAUUUUUAAGCAGAAUCAAUAUGAAUUGCAUUAACAGUGCUACUGGAGCUGUGGAUAAUCGCAGUGUUCCGGUCCUUGCGAAAUGGCAACGAGAGUACACAAUUAAAACAGUUCUCCAGGAACUCCGUCGUUUGAUGACGUUGAAGGAAAAUAUGAAACUUUCUCAGCCUCCGGAGGGCAGCACUUUUUAGCCUAACCGUAUGAACAGAGAUAUCUUCCUUUUUGCAAUAGCAUGAGGCGAGAUUUAAAGGUACCAAAUAAUAUUAAAAGGGUGCCCGCUGAAAAUAUAUGUUUAAAAAGAAACAAAAAAAACGAAAAAAACAGCUUUGUGAAAGAAAGGAGGUAAUAGCUUGGAAAGUUGAAUGAGUGUAUCGAGUUUAUGUAUAGAUUAGGUAGAACAAUUGACAAAAAUGCAUUUGUCAAGCACAGCUGGUUCUUCGUCGGAAUUUUUCACUAAAAAUGUAUUUUUCCGGAACCCCCGAUUAUUUCAUUGCAUAUAUAUCAUGUUCGCGCACGAGAUUGCAAUUCGAUGCGAAUGCGAAUUGGUUGAAGGAAACGCCGCUCCAGCUUUUCAAGCUAGUACAAUGUAAAGCGGAAAAAUCAUAUUUUGAAUCAUAAAACUGGAGACACAGACCAUGUAAUAAAAACGAAUAAUCAGUAAGAAUAACUUAUGCCUUUGAAGUUUUUUAAUGAGAGAAGAAGAGUAAUGUCUGGUAUUGCGAACCAUUUUAAGAUUUCUCUUCUGUUUGCGCGCAAGUGCCAUUUCAUCUCUUGCAGAGGUGUCUCUCUCUCUCUCACUCAACGCUACGGUAGAAAAUUUGUAAAUUCUGGACCAUAAAUCUGUACGUCCAUUUUACUUUUCCGUGCUGCGUACACUGUUUCAACUAGCGAUCUACAAUGAAAUAACGUACGUGUUUGAGAAAUUAUAUCCUUAAAAAAACGGCCUCUCUCUCUUUCACGCUAAACGAACCACGUUUCGUAAUUGAUGAGGAGAUGUCGCUUUGUAAUCGAAGCAUGCAUAAAUGACAAUUUGAUUUGUAAUAUCUCGUAUAUAUAGUGAAUAAUGAUACAAUGCUGCAUGGCAAAGUACAUCAAUGUAUGAAGCGUCGCUGAAUAAUGAGAUCUUUUAGUCGAUAUCAUAUUAGAACAUAUUGAAAGUUUACCAAUUUUUCAUGUAUAUUUGGGGUUACGUCUAUUAAAAUGCGAUAGAAUUAUAGAGUAUGAUAGUGCUUACUGUUUGACACAAGGGCUUCAUGAUUGAUGUAUUGUGUGAAUAUUAUUUUUGUUAUAUAAUUAUCAAAAUCAUAUCUAAUUCCUAACACACUGUGUAAAGUACAGAAGCUGCAUAUUGUUAAAAAAAUCGAAUGCAUCUUUAGUGCAAUCACGACUAUUUACAUUGUAGUCCAUGUAAAUAGUAUAUUGCUGAAAAUCGAAUUAUAUGCAGCUUAUUGAUGAUAAAUGAUAUGUUCCAGCAAAAAAAUAAUCGUUAUUACAACGUCAUCUCAAGAUUUAUGUUAUCUAAUUAAUCGAAAGGAUCUUUAUACCUAAAGUUCCACCAAAAGUAGAUUUUGAAAUAUCUCUACAUUUGAUUGUGUAAUGUAAAAUUUUUCUGAUUAUCCGAACGAAAGAUAUAUAUACCUCUUUGUCCGCUUUGCAUUUCAGUAUUACACUAUCGGUAAUAUAAUAGUGUAAUUUAAAUCAUCCUAUUAAAAGAGUAACAAGUUAUAGCUCCAUGUGGACGAAAACAAGCUUAAGGAGAAUAAAGUGAUUUCCUUAGAA